AUGUCGUCCGCUGAUGCUGAGUUCCGGUGCUUCGUUGGAGGUCUAGCUUGGGCCACAAACGACAGCGCUCUCGAGACCGCCUUCUCUCAGUACGGCGAAGUUGUUGAUUCCAAGAUCAUCAACGAUCGUGAGACUGGAAGAUCAAGGGGUUUCGGUUUCGUCACCUUCAAGGAUGAGAAAUCCAUGAAUGACGCCAUCAACGGAAUGAACGGACAGGAGCUCGAUGGUCGCAGCAUCACCGUGAACGAGGCUCAGUCCCGUGGAAGUGGUGGCGGAGGAGGCCGUGGAGGUGGCGGCGGCGGAUACGGAGGAGGUGGUGGAUACGGCGGUGGCAGGCGCGAGGGUGGAUACAGCGGUGGUGGAGGUGGUGGCUACUCCUCCGGCGGCCGUGGAGGUGGUGGUUACUCCUCCGGUGGUGGCAGACGUGAAGGUGGUGGUGGUGGUGGCUACGGCGGUAGCUACGGAGGAAACAGCGGUGGAGGAGGUGGUGGUGGUUGGUAA